GGGCCGAGUGAAGUGUAUGUAUGUAUGAGUGUGUGCAUGAGUGUGUGUGUGGGGGGAAUAUUAUGGGAUGCCUGCCCCCUGAUCUCUUUGUGUGUGUGCGCGCGCGAGGAAGAGAAAGAGGAGACGGCGUCGUGCGCACACGCUGGCACAAAAAUCACAGAAAUAUAUCUAAAUUGUGCGCACACCGCUACGCUAAGGGGAAAAAAAGACCUUCCAAGUACUGACUAACCGGCAAACUGCGCGUGGAGUUACUGUUUUUGGAGUCAAGUUACUUUAGACUGGACUCUGGAUUAUCCCAAAAUAUUAACUUUAUUUGGUUAGCUACAUUGCUAGCUAACUAAAAAGAAAGUUUCCUGCUGUCCGCUAUGUCUGGAAGUGAAGAUGACAGAGAGGACUACGAAGCCGCCGACGACCGCCUAAUGCACGAUGAGGAGGAAGAGGAGAUCUCGGAGAACGAGUGUCCGAAGGUGAAGAAGAAAAAGAAAAAAGCCAAGAAGAGCCGAGAGAGCAAGGGGAGCAAGAGGCGGUCGCGCAGAGAGGAGCUAGCUCUCAGCUCUCCAGAGCCCAUGGACAUCGGAGGAGUGGAGGACGGAGAGGACGGCAUCUCCGCCCAGCGUUCCGAGAGCGAGGGCAGCGACUACACGCCGGGACGCAAGAAGAAGAAGAAAGGUGGCAGCAGCAAGGAAAAGAAAAGGGGCAGCGCCGGAGUCGAGCGGAGCUCGUCCAAAAGGAAAGAACCGGAACCGGAGGACGAAGAAGACGACGACGACGAUGAUAGCUCGGAGCCAAAGUCGUCGUCUCAGCUGCUGGACGACUGGGGCAUGGAGGACAUCGACCACGUCUUCACUGAGGAAGACUACCGCUCCCUGACCAACUACAAAGCCUUCAGCCAGUUUGUCAGACCCCUCAUUGCAGCCAAGAACCCGAAGAUUGCAGUUUCUAAGAUGAUGAUGGUUCUGGGAGCCAAGUGGCGCGAGUUCAGCACCAACAACCCUCUGAGAGGUGCCGCUGCCGCCAACGCCGCCCUGGCCACCGCCAACGUCUCUGCUGCUGUGGACAACAUGGUGGCAGAGGUGGCCCCGCCGCCCCCCCCUGAGCCCGUGCAGACCCCUGCACCUCCCCUCCGCAAGGCCAAGACCAAGGAAGGCAAAGGACCCAACGCUCGCAGAAGGUCCAAGCCCACCCCGAAGCCUCAGGAGAAGAAGAAUAACACCAAAACAAAGAAGGUUGCACCUUUAAAAAUCAAACUCGGAGGCUUCAGCAGCAAGAGGAAACGCUCGUCGAGCGAGGAGGACGAGCCGGACGUGGACAGCGACUUUGAGAGCGGGAGCAUCAACAGCAUCUCGGUGUCGGAGAGCUCCAACAGCCGCAGCAGCCGCAGCAAGAAGAAGGCCCUGAAGAACAAACCCAAAAAGAAGAAAGAAGCAGAAGACGGCGACGGCUACGAGACCGACCACCAGGACUACUGCGAGGUGUGUCAGCAGGGUGGAGAGAUCAUCCUGUGUGACACCUGCCCCAGAGCGUACCACAUGGUCUGUCUGGAUCCCGACAUGGAGAAGGCGCCCGAGGGCACCUGGAGCUGCCCGCACUGCGAGAAGGAGGGCAUCCAGUGGGAAGCUAGAGAGGACGCCUCCGAAGGGGAGGAAGACAACGGCGACGUGGGAGAGAUGGAGGAGGACGACCACCACAUGGAGUUCUGCAGGGUUUGUAAAGACGGAGGGGAGCUCCUCUGCUGCGACUCGUGUCCCUCGUCCUACCACAUCCACUGUCUCAACCCCCCGCUGCCCGAGAUCCCCAACGGCGAGUGGAUCUGCCCCCGCUGCACGUGUCCAGCUUUAAAGGGGAAAGUGCAGAAGAUCCUAACGUGGAGGUGGGGGGACGCCCCUCCCCCCACACCCGUCCCCCGCACUCCAGACCUCGCGACCGACGCUCCCGAUCCCGCUCCUCUUGCAGGGCGCUCCGAGAGGGAGUUCUUUGCCAAAUGGUGCAACUUGUCAUACUGGCAUUGCUCCUGGGUCAGCGAGCUGCAGCUGGAGAUGCACUGCCAGGUGUUGUUCAGGAUCUACCAGAGGAAGACCGACAUGGACGAGCCGCCGCCCGUCGACUUUGGCGACGGGGAGGAGGACAAGUGCGUGAAGCGGAAGCACAAAGAUCCCACGUUCGUUCAGCUGGAGGAGAAAUACCUCCGCUUCGGGAUCAAGAUGGAGUGGCUGAUGAUCCACCGCAUCCUGAACCACAGCGUGGACCGGAAGAACAACGUCCACUACCUGAUCAAGUGGAGAGAGCUGCCGUACGACCAGGCCACCUGGGAGUCCGAGGACAUGGACAUACCCGACUUCGACACCUACAAGCAGCAGUACUGGAACCACAGAGAGCUGAUGAUCGGAGAGGAUGGGAGGCCAGGCAGGAAGAUCAAGGUGAAGGGGAGGUUGAAGCGACCGGAGAGGCCUCCCGAGAACCCGGUGAUCGACCCGACGAUGAAGUUUGAGCGCCAGCCGGACUACCUGGACAGCACCGGGGGCACGCUGCACCCCUACCAGCUGGAGGGGCUGAACUGGCUGCGGUUCUCCUGGGCUCAGGGCACCGACACCAUCCUGGCCGACGAGAUGGGCCUGGGAAAGACGGUCCAGACCGCCGUCUUCCUCUACUCGUUGUACAAGGAGGGUCACUCCAAGGGUCCGUUCCUGGUCAGCGCUCCUCUCUCCACCAUCAUUAAUUGGGAGCGAGAAUUUGAGAUGUGGGCCCCGGACAUGUACGUGGUGACGUACAUCGGCCACAAAGACAGCCGAGCCGUCAUCAGGGAGAACGAGUUCUCCUUCGAGGACAACGCCAUCCGAGGAGGGAAGAAGGCCUCCAGGAUGAAGAAAGACUCGUCCAUCAAGUUCCACGUCCUGCUGACGUCCUACGAGCUGAUCACCAUUGACAUGGCCAUCUUGGGCUCCAUAGACUGGGCCUGUCUGGUGGUGGACGAGGCCCACAGGCUGAAGAACAACCAGUCGAAGUUCUUCCGGGUGCUGAACAACUAUCCUCUGCAGCACAAGCUGCUGCUCACUGGAACUCCUCUGCAGAACAACCUGGAGGAGCUUUUCCACCUGCUCAACUUCCUCACGCCCGAGAGGUUCAACAAGCUGGAGGUUUUCCUGGAGGAGUUCGCCGACAUCGCUAAAGAGGACCAGAUCAAGAAGCUGCACGACAUGCUGGGUCCGCACAUGCUCAGGAGGCUGAAGGCCGACGUCUUCAAGCACAUGCCCUCCAAGACCGAGCUGAUCGUCCGCGUGGAGCUCAGCCCCAUGCAGAAGAAAUAUUAUAAAUUCAUCCUGACGAAAAACUUCGAUGCACUCAACACGAAAGGAGGAGGAAACCAGGUCUCGCUGCUGAACGUCGUCAUGGAUCUCAAAAAGUGCUGCAACCACCCCUACCUCUUCCCCGGCGCUGCUAUGGAAGCGCCAAAGAUGCCCAACGGGAUGUACGACGGAAACGCCCUCACAAAGGCUUCCGGGAAGCUGCUGUUGCUGCAGAAGAUGAUGAGGAAGCUGAAGGAGGGAGGACACCGAGUUCUUGUUUUCUCUCAGAUGACCAAGAUGUUGGAUCUUCUGGAGGAUUUCCUGGAACACGAAGGGUACAAAUACGAGCGGAUCGACGGAGGGGUCACAGGAGGAAUGAGACAGGAAGCUAUCGAUCGGUUCAACGCUCCUGGAGCUCAGCAGUUUGCCUUCCUGCUGUCGACGAGAGCCGGAGGUUUGGGCAUCAACCUGGCCACGGCCGACACCGUCAUCAUCUACGACUCCGACUGGAAUCCUCACAACGACAUCCAGGCCUUCAGCAGAGCUCACCGUAUCGGUCAGAACAAAAAGGUGAUGAUCUACCGAUUCGUCACCAAGGCGUCGGUGGAGGAGAGGAUCACGCAGGUCGCCAAGAAGAAGAUGAUGCUGACUCACCUGGUGGUCCGACCCGGUCUCGGAUCCAAAACCGGCUCCAUGUCCAAACAGGAGCUGGACGACAUUCUCAAGUUUGGGACGGAAGCGCUCUUCAAGGACGAGGGAGAAGGUGAGAAAGAGGAGGACAGCAGCAUCAUCCACUACGACGACAAAGCCAUCGACCGGCUGCUGGACAGGAAUCAGGACGCCACGGAUGACACGGAGCUGCAGAGCAUGAACGAGUACCUGAGCUCCUUCAAAGUGGCUCAGUACGUGGUGAAGGACGAGGAGGAGGAGGAGGAGGAGGUGCAGCGGGAGAUCAUCAAACAGGAGGAGAGCGUGGAUCCGGACUACUGGGAGAAGCUGCUGCGGCACCAUUACGAGCAGCAGCAGGAGGAUCUGGCCCGAAACCUGGGAAAGGGCAAACGGAUCCGGAAGCAGGUCAACUACAACGACGGCUCCCAGGAAGACCGAGCCGACUGGCAGGACGAUCAGUCCGACGGCCAAUCGGAUUACUCCGUGGCGUCUGAGGAGGGUGAUGAGGACUUUGAUGAGCGGUCAGAGGCCAACUCUCGCAGGCCCAGCAGGAAGGGCCUGAGGAAUGACAAAGACAAGCCGCUGCCCGCCCUGCUGGCCAGGGUGGGAGGCAACAUUGAGGUGUUGGGUUUCAACUCACGGCAGCGGAAAGCCUUCCUGAACGCAGUGAUGCGUUACGGGAUGCCUCCCCAGGAUGCCUUCACCACCCAGUGGCUGGUCCGGGACCUGCGAGGGAAAUCGGAGAAAGAAUUCAAGGCCUACGUCUCUCUGUUCAUGCGCCACCUGUGUGAACCCGGCGCCGACGGGGCCGAGACCUUUGCCGACGGCGUUCCCAGAGAAGGGUUGUCACGGCAGCACGUCCUCACGCGUAUUGGCGUCAUGUCGCUCAUACGUAAAAAGGUGCAGGAGUUCGAGCACGUGAACGGCCAGUGGUCCAUGCCCUGGAUGGCCGACCUGGAGGAGAACAAGCGGGCUGCGGCUCAGCCCGACUCCCCAGGGAAGACCCCGUCCACCGGCACCCCGGCAGACACGGAGCCCAAUACCCCCGCUCCCGCUGACGACUCGAAGAACGACGAAGCAGCAAAAGACGGAGAGAAGGAGGCGAAGAAGGAGGCGGAGGCGGAGAAGAACGGGAAAGAUCCAGUCAAAAGCAACGAGGUGAAGAUUUUAACCACGCGAACAAAAGAGAGGAUUUGGGAACGAGAAGAGAGGUCUGAUGAUGGUUUGGUUCUCUCGCAGGUCAUCGCCAUCCCGGACGAUGACGAGAAGAGUCCGGCGGAGCAGAAGAACGGGGAGGAGCCGAUGGAGACAGACAAACCGAGCAACGGAGACGCAGAAAGCAUGAAGGAGGGAGAGGCUGAGAGGAAGAGUCCAGACAGAAGAGAGGAAAACAAAUCAGAGGCAAAUACGGAGGGGUCAGAGGUCAGGAAGGAAGACGCGGGGGUCAAAGACGAAAAGAAGGAAGAAAAGACAGAAAAGAUGGACGCCAGUCCUGCUGCGGAGGACAAGAAAGAUGUGAAGGAGGAUAAAGAGGCUUUAAAGCCAGAGGAGGUGACCAAGCUGCAGAACGGAGACAGCGGAAAAGAGGGCGGAGCCUUGGUUCCUGCUUCCUCCGCAGCCAACAGCGUCAGCGAGGAGAAGAAGAGAGCCAAAACCCGGUUCAUGUUUAACAUCGCAGACGGAGGGUUCACAGAGCUCCACUCCCUGUGGCAGAACGAGGAGCGCGCCGCCACGGUAACCAAGAAAACCAACGAGAUCUGGCACCGUCGCCACGACUACUGGCUGCUGGCCGGCAUCAUCCAACACGGCUACGCUCGCUGGCAGGACAUCCAGAAUGACGCGAGGUUCGCCAUCCUCAACGAGCCCUUCAAAGGAGAGAUGAACCGGGGCAACUUUCUAGAAAUCAAAAACAAGUUUCUCGCCCGAAGAUUCAAGCUGUUGGAACAGGCCCUGGUGAUCGAGGAGCAGCUGCGGCGCGCCGCCUACCUCAACAUGUCGGAGGACCCGUCACACCCCUCCAUGGCUCUCAACACCCGCUUCAGCGAGGUGGAGUGUUUGGCCGAGUCCCACCAGCACCUCAGCAAGGAGUCCAUGUCGGGCAACAAGCCGGCCAACGCCGUCCUGCACAAAGUGCUGAAGCAGUUGGAGGAGCUGCUGAGCGAUAUGAAGGCGGACGUGACCCGUCUCCCAGCAACCAUCGCCCGGAUACCGCCGGUCGCCGUACGACUCCAAAUGUCUGAGAGGAACAUCCUGAGCCGCCUAGCAAGCCGAGGGCCGGACACUCAGCCGCAGGCGCAGCAGAUGUCGCAGCAGUAGACUGAAAAUUGUCUCUAACCUCAAGAACCACCCCCUGCCUCACGUCAACAUUCCUGAUUGAUGCACAGCAGAGUGAGGGACGGCGCGGUGCGUCCGAGCUUGAAGCCACGCCCUGUUCACUUUUCACCACCAUAACAGACUUUACAGAGAUUUUCAGGAGGAUCAGAACCCCCUCCCCCCCUCCCCCAAAAUGUUACAAGGCUGUGGACAAUAAAGCUUUUUUAUUUUUUUCCCCUUUUUUGCAUUUCUGUAUUAAUAUUAUUGAUAUAAUGUUAUUAUGAUGGUUUUUUGGGACCUAAAUAAAAAAAAAUUAAAAAAAUA